UCUGUCUGUCUGUCCAGCUAGCUAGCUAGCUAUCUACAGUAUCUAUCUACCCCCUACCAUUUUACCUACGAAUGAAGGCCAGUGGGAUCCUAAUACAAUCAAAAAAUUUAAAUUUAAAUUACAUUAAAAUACUGUAAAAAUAAAAGAUACUAACCUGUGACCCUUGUGAGAGGAAGCGGUUUAGGAAAUGGAUGGAUGUAAAAAAAAUACAGAUGAAAAAAAAAUGGUUAAAAUCAACAGUUUGGUGAAUUCUUAAAAAGAAACCAAAAUACUUGAGACUCAUUCAGGAACUUGCUCACCCAUGUUUUAAGCUCUCCCUACCUCUAAAAUUGAGGUGCAGGUAUAAAAAUGGCCAUUUCAAUUGUACAUUUUUGUGAAAUCUCUGAAAACAAACACAAUUUGAUUUCAAGUGUAUUUGGUGGUGCAUGGCAACCAUAUUGCUAUGACGUAUAGUUCAAUUCCACAAUGCCAAGUAGACGUUCAAUACCAAUUCUACUUUGAACAAACAAAACCAAAACACUUACUUAAGAGUGGAGUGAACCCAAAGUUGAUUAUUGUUGUAGUUGCUGCUGUUUACUUGAUUUGUCACGAUGCGCAGUCAUUGGAAAUGUUGAAUUCCUUAUGUUAUUUGUGGGAUCGACCGACACCCCCCUUCUACUUCAUUCCACUUGUGUUGUGCUUCUGGAGUCAGCUGACCCAAUAUAUGCAAAUGAGGCCGCCAGCUUGCUCCUCAUUGGCUGCCCGCGCCUGAUUUAAGUGCUGUCAGUGCGCGCGUCACAUGGCCGCCGCUGCAAGCAACUUGUCAACUCCGAGUGGCUCCAGUGUGCAUUCUGUCACAGCGGAUGUGAGGCAGGCAGGCAGGCAGGCAGCAGGGCGACGGCUUGGAGAGCCCUUGUGGGAAUAUUGCUUAUGCUUUGGCGCGCUUUAAAGACUCUUGCAGCCAAUCUGGUAACCCGACUUGUUUUGAAUUUGCUUUUUCUCGCUGCUGAAGUUUUUCCAAACACGCCGCUCGAAUGUAUAGCAUGAUGAUGGAGACCGACCUCCACUCCCCCGGCCCCCAAAGCAACACGGCCGGGGGGCAAACGGGGCCCAACGCGGGCUCCAAGGCGAGCCAGGAGCGGGUGAAGAGGCCCAUGAACGCAUUCAUGGUGUGGUCCCGCGGCCAGCGUAGGAAGAUGGCGCAGGAGAACCCCAAAAUGCACAACUCCGAGAUCAGCAAGAGACUGGGGGCCGAGUGGAAGGUGAUGUCCGAGGCGGAGAAGCGGCCCUUCAUCGACGAGGCCAAGAGGCUGCGGGCCAUGCACAUGAAGGAGCACCCGGAUUACAAGUACCGGCCCAGGCGGAAGACCAAGACGCUCCUCAAGAAGGACAAGUACUCGCUGGCCGGCGGUCUUCUCUCCGGAGCCGGCGGCGCAGGAGUGGGUUUGGGUGUCGGCAUGGCGUCCUCCUCGGCGGCCCAGAGGCUGGAGAGCCCGGGUGCGUCCCACGGAGGAUCCGCGGGUUCCGGCUACGCGCACAUGAACGGCUGGGCCAACGGCGCCUACCCGGGCCAGGUGGCUGCUGCCGCGGCGGCCGCUGCCAUGAUGCAGGAGGCGCACCUCGCCUUCAGCCAGCACCCGGGCGGGGGCGCGCACCAUCUCAACCACCACGCGCACCACCACGCGCACCCGCACGCCCACCACGCGCACCACCAUCACCACCACGCACACAACCCGCAACCCGUGCACCGCUAUGACAUGAGCUCGCUCCAGUACAGCCCCAUCUCGAACUCGCAGAGCUACAUGAGCGCCUCCCCGUCCGGUUACGGCGCCCUCAGCUACACGCAGCACCAAGGCUCCGGCGUGUCUUCUUCUUCCUCCUCCUCCUCCUCUUCGUCGUCCUCCUCCGCCGCCGCCGCCGCCGCCGCCGCUGCCGCUGCCUCCUCCUCCAUGGGUGCACUUGGCACGCUGGGCUCGCUUGUCAAAUCGGAGCCCAGCGUGAGCCCGCCGGUCAGCGGAGGCCCCCACGCGCGGGGCCCCUGUCCGGGUGACUUAAGGGAGAUGAUAAGCAUGUACUUGCCCACUGGGGAGCCGGCGGACCCCGCCAUGCAGAGCCGGCUGCACGCUUUGCCGGCGCAUUACCAGAGCGCCGCGGCAGGGGUAAACGGGACGGUCCCGCUCACACACAUCUAAUCCACUUCGAACCCAAUCAUUGGAAGUGCAAAGGAACACAUAACCAAAUAUUUACCUCUUUUCUAGCCCCCUACCUUGCAAGAACUACCUGUAUUUUGUACAGAAUGUUUAUCACGUGUAAAUGAAGGCGCUUUUUUUUUUUCUCGAGGAGGGGGCAUAAAACUGCUGAUUCUUUUGGGUUAUCAUGGUAUUAUAUCAUCGUUUCCAGUCUAAUUUACACCUGGUGCACCUUAGGCUCCCCCGAUUUUUUCCUUUUACUGUAAGUUAUUAAAAAUGUUAUUACAAUAAUACAAAAAGUGCUUUAAAAGAAAUGGGUACAAAAAAAAUCCCCGUUUUAAUAUUUAAAGCGUUUGUGUUCCAAGCCCUCGUUUUAUUGUUGUAACACUCUCCAUUCUUAUUAUUGUACAAUUGUGAAUAAUUUUAAUAUUUCAAAGAAGGAUGACUUGGCAACGUGCUGUUGUAAUUUAUGUGCUUUUCUGCUAGUGAAAAGCCUUGACUACUGCAAUGAUAAAAAAUGGAAUAAAUUUCACAAAAUGUUGCUUUGAAUUAUUACGAAAAAUGACUGUUUGAAUCUGAAAAUGUUUCAAAUGUUUUAAAAUCUUAAGCCAUGGAUGCCACGAGAUUUUCAACGGCAUUAAUUGCUCGUUCUGAAAAUUAAUUGCUCCAUCUGAAAAAAUUAUUUAUAUUUUUAAAAUGUUUUGUGAUAACCAACUUUUAUUUUGCGGCAUUUAAAUUAUAAUAAUUAUUUAUUUCAUUCUAUCUUGCUUCCUUGUCAGUGCAAAUAGGCCAAAAUUAUUGUACUCACUUUUUCUUGCAGGGUCCUCAAUAAAUAUCAUCAUUAAGGCCUCAUAUGACAAACCACCUGUUAAUGUUAUUGACGGUAUUAGAUAAGUUUCUGUUAUUAUUCUUUUACUUUAGCGGGGGUAAGUCACUUUAUUUUUUAUUGUCUUUCCUGGCAAUUUAUUCAAACUGGCCUUUAAGUUUUUUGUUUGUUUGUUUGUUUGUUUUAGGUUUCUUUUUUUCCACUAUUGCUCUUGACUAUAAAUUUCAAAAAACGUUCAAACCUUUAGGCCAAAUAUUUGUUAUAUUAACCUAGAAUAAGAAUGUAAAUGUUUGAUUUUAUAUAAAGGGUCAAUGAAUAGUGCCCUAAAAUAGACGAUCAAUUGCAUCAUGGUGUUUCUAAAAAAGGACUAUUUUACAUUGAAAGAAAAAAACCCCCAAUACAUUUGCAGCUAAACAUGCUUUGUUCCGUUUAGUCUAUUUUAAUUUGAUCCCAACACUGUCGUAAUUAUAAACUCAGUGCAAGUGACAUAGGUAAUAAUUAUGGUAUUUCAAAUAUGAUUAAUUUCAACUGGGCCAACUUUUAAAGGUGGGAAAAGUCGGGACAAAUUGCAUGCUGGGUGAUUGACUAUCAAUUUCUAUCGAGACGUAGAUGACAAUUUGGCUUUUAUUUCAAAUUUCCCCCAGAUAUUAAUAGACGCUCAUGCCAAUUAGAUAAUCAUUUUCUAUAUUUUUUCAUAAUGAAAACUGAGUGCAUUGCGUCAUUUUUGUGACAGGCCUGCAGCUGGUUUUGACAUUUACAUGCUAGUUUUUUUAAUUGCCUGAAGACUAAUACAUGCAAAUGAGGGUAACUUUAUGCCUACUUAUGCAUUUAAAAAAAAAAUCAAUUAAUGUGAAAUCCAUCGUUAAAGGGCGGCUUGGUUGUUUCACACUUGAUGAUCAAGACUGAAGCGUCUUGUCAAUUAAAGCUGCGAGGCCUCGCAUAUGUGUAAGAAAAUGUCGUCGAACCUGGUGUGGAUUGAAAAAAAAAAAAAAAAAAAGAAGCAAAUAUUUUGAGCCGUUGAGCGUCUUUUUCGUAAGAGACGUGGGAUACAAAGCACGUUUAACCCGCGUAAGUGACACCUCAAGGCAGGGGGAAGCAUAUGUAUGUGUUUUGAACGUUGACCAUUCCCAAUAAAUCUCUGCAAAUGUG